UCAAAGAGGGAAAACGGAAUGGUUGGUUCGCACCAACAUCACGCCCUCAAAGCCAUUUGUCGACUCUCGCCGAAAACCAUGUUGUUGUUGUAAGCUUAUCCUUAGCAGCAUACAGCAACAGAAAAUUUCCCACAAAUGUCAGUGCAUGUCUGUUGUAAAGGCAAUACUAUCUCACAGCAUUGAGGAUGCCUUUAAUGUUGUUGAAACUUUGUAUACUGAGGUACGCGUCUCACAUGCACGACUGUUUAUCAAUUUGGGACAAUUGCAAUGGAGGGACCUAUUUCUUGAGGGAGACGACGGAGAAGCUUCACGCUUUUACGAGGAGCAUAUUGCACAGUUGGUUGCACCUAGUUUCGAAGACGAAUGGUCGGAAUUUGUUGAGAGGUCCAUUGAAGCUGGUAUUGGUGGUCCUGUCACAUCAAUCGUGAAAGAAAGGCCGCUUGUGAAGAUGGUUAUUGAUGAGCUCGAGGCAAUGACAGCUAUGGAUGAUCUUCCUGAAAAGAAAGGUUAAAGUUCUUUUGUGAAUCAUCUCUUACUCUUAUGAAUAAGUAGAAAUCACAUUAAAUUCCGUCGGGUAUUAACACGAUUGGAAUUUUACGCGUGAACUUAUAUAAUUAAUUUGAUAAUGUCAUAAAUCAGUAUUAAUUUAAUUUUUGUAUUGUAGUUAUAAUGGGACUGGACAUAUUAUUCUUGAUUUAAUUGACCCAUUAAGGCAAAUGGUCCAACUAUAUAUAUGUGA